AUGGAAACUUUACAUGAACCCAUUUGGAGAAAAGCUGGGAUUUUUGAAGCAAUCAAAGCAUCAACAUACAAAAUCCUUAAAAACGAGUCUUUGGUUUUAGCCCUUGUUGAGAAAUGGUGUCCUGAAACCAAAUCUUUCGUUUUCCCUUGGGGUGAAGCAACGAUAACGCUUGAAGAUGUAAUGUUGCUUCUAGGGUUUUCGGUUUUGGGUUCUUCGGUUUUCGAUCCAUUAGAGAGCUCGAAGAUGAGAGAUUCUGUGGAGAAGCUAGAGAGAGUUAGACAAAGGAAUAUGGACACGAGUUGUCGUGUGAUCCAAGAAAGAUGGAGUUUGGUCUUUAGAAACAGAGAUGAUCAUAUGGAGCAUGAAGCAUUUCUUGCAUUGUGGCUUUCGCAUUUCGUAUUUCCAGAUAAGUCUCGUCGCUCUGUUUCUAAAAAUGUUCUUCCUAUCGCUGUUCGUUUAGCCAGAGGCGAAAGGAUUGUUCUUGCUACUUCUGUUCUUGCAAGUUUAUAUAGAGAUCUAGAUCAAAUUCGCGAUAAGUCUACUCGAAAUGCUAAUCUCAAGUCUCUGUUUAAGUUAGUCCAAGUUUGGGCAUGGGAGAGAUUCAAGAACAUUAGACCAAAGGCUAAAGAGAUACCUAUAGGUGAACCAAGAAUUUCUCGAUGGGGCGGUUUGCAAAAGAAAUCCAAGAAAGUGAGAUUGAAUCUCGAUGAUUUCGAUUGGCGUCCUUAUACUAAACCUUUAAAGAAUUGGAGUCCUCGUCUGGUUUACGUUGAAGAUGCUAUGUGGGUAACAAUUGAUAACAGUAUUUAUGAUGAGUUUAUUGCGUUCGCUCGAUGUGUUAGGAGUUCUCAGCUUGUUGGGAUUGGUUUUGUAGAGGAUUACUAUCCGAAUCGAGUGGCGAUGCAACUCGGUUUAGCUCAAGAUCUUCCUGGUUUGGUUACUCAUCAUAGUGACUUCACAGAAAAGGAAGCAUGGGAUGAUUACAACAAGUCUCUUUAUGGUUUAAACCUAUACAUGCCUUCUCGCCUCGCGACAACUUCUGUUACCGCAAGAUACAGAGACUGGUGGUUGAAAUCAGUUUCAAAGUUUUACGGUUAUGAAGAAACUUUUAAUGCAAGUAACAGAAUUGAUGAUGUAUCUCCUAAGGUACUUUCAUUAUGUCAAGUGCUUCAGAAGUUGGGAGGAGGAUUUCCUGCAAAAUUCAAAUGA